CUCUGUCUCGGAGAAGCGCGCGGUGGCGUUUGUGUUAGUGAAAGACUGCAGAGAAACAGUAGCUGAUCUGCACGAUCGUUGGUUUUUCCCUUAAGUGUACUUUCGUGUAGUCCCGAAAAGUCACCCAACCGUCGUCAAAGUUGUGAGCUGGUUUUUUUUUCAAAGAUUUUCACAUCCAAAGACUCAAAGAUGCUGAGCUUUUUCCGCCGCACGCUGGGACGCCGGUCCAUGCGUAAGCAUGCAGAGAAGGAAAGGCUGAGAGAGGCCCAAAGGGCUGCAACCCACAUCCCUGCAGCUGGGGACGCCAAAUCCAUCAUUACCUGCCGAGUGGCGCUGCUGGACGGGACAGAUGUCAGUGUGGAUUUACCGAAAAAAGCCAAAGGCCAGCUCCUGUUUGAACAAAUCAUGUAUCAUCUGGACCUUAUAGAAAGUGACUACUUUGGAUUAAGGUUCAUGGAUUCAGCACAAGUGGCACACUGGCUGGACAACACAAAAAGUAUUAAAAAGCAAGUCAAAAUUGGCCCCCCAUAUUGUCUGCAUUUUCGUGUAAAGUUUUACUCAUCAGAGCCCAACAAUCUACGUGAAGAGCUAACAAGGUAUUUAUUUGUUCUGCAGCUGAAACUGGAUAUUCUUAGUGGAAAAUUGGAAUGUCCUUUUGACACCGCCGUCCAGUUGGCAGCUUAUAACAUGCAAGCUGAGCUUGGAGACUAUGAUCCUGCUGAACAUGUCCCUGAGCUGGUGUCUGAGUUCAGGUUUGUUCCCACUCAGACUGAAGAGAUGGAACUAGCUGUUUUUGAGAAGUGGAAGGAAUGCAGGGGGCAAACGCCAGCACAGGCUGAAACUAACUACUUAAACAAAGCUAAAUGGCUGGAAAUGUAUGGUGUAGACAUGCACAUAGUCAAGGCAAGAGAUGGCAAUGAUUACAGCCUGGGACUAACACCUACAGGAGUUCUUGUCUUUGAAGGAGACACAAAGAUUGGUUUGUUUUUCUGGCCAAAGAUCACAAGGCUUGACUUCAAGAAGAAUAAACUCACUCUGGUUGUUGUUGAAGAUGAUGAACAGGGAAAGGAGCAGGAGCACACUUUUGUGUUCAGACUGGAUCAUCCCAAAGCUUGCAAACACCUGUGGAAAUGUGCAGUGGAACACCACGCCUUCUUCCGGCUCCGAGGGCCUGUCCAGAAAAGCUCCAGUCGGUCUGGCUUCAUUCGCUUGGGAUCUCGCUUCCGAUACAGUGGGAAAACAGAAUAUCAAACCACAAAGACCAACAAAGCCAGGAGAUCAGCAUCCUUUGAAAGAAGGCCCAGCAAGAGAUACUCAAGACGAACACUGCAAAUGAAAGCAUACACUGCUAAACUGGAAGAAACAAGUGCUGCAAACAAUGCUGUUAUCAGCCAAACUAAUGGAUCACAGAGCUGGAAUGCAAAGCCAAACCUACCUGUCCUAACAGCAGUUCCUUCUACACCAGUCUUAGUAGAAAUUGAAAACCUCCCAAGAAGCCCAGGAGCCAGCCAGCAAGAUAAGAAGUGCAUACCUCUUGUUGAUUUGCUAGACAGCACAGAGUUGCCAGAAACGUGUGUGGAUGAUGCUGUGGUCCGUCCAGUUGUUGGCUUGGCAACAGGAGAUUCAGAAGAGGCUGUUAGUUGUCCUCCUCCUGGCACGAAGGAAACUGCUGCAGAAAAAGCAGACUCUGAUCCAUUCGAAGACACAUUCCUAAAACUGAAACAGCUGGAGACAGAGCGCAGCAGCCCCGUGCCAACUGAGCGUCCCAACAUAAACAUAAACAUACAGGAUGAAGUGGUGAAGUUGACAGAUAAAUGUCUUAAUAAUGCAAUCGAGAGCCCAAUCGUAGCAGCAAAGUGGCUUCCAGCAGAUCUCAAAAGCAAUAUCCUGAAGGCCCAGGCAGAAGCAGGGCACAAGGUUGGAAAAGAUGACAGCAUGACAGGUGUCAAGAAUUCCAACAUUCAGGAGGCUGCUGCCAGGAACAUUAUGCUGUCAGGCAAAUCACAGAGCGGUCCCUCAGCAACCAGUCUGGUAUUUCAAGAUCCAAGAGAGCAGCUGAGAACAAUCCCUGCUUCAAAUACCUUUGUUCCUAAGACGUUGAAUGAGGACAAUGCUGACUCUAACCACGAGGACCUGCUAAUUCCAGCUAAUCUAGCUCCAGCUGAGGAGGCUGCUGUUUCAAAGAGCACUCCAGAUGACCAGGACGUUUCCUUAACAUCACUGACAGAGAAUCUAAUUGACUUUACAGAAGCCACACCUCGGGUGUCUGCUCAGCCCAUUGUAACACCGAGGUGGCUAGUGCCAACAGGACUGAUUUCCAACGGGCCUUUGGGAAAUAAUGUUGCCUUAUCUUUGAAGGCAGUGAAGGGCAGCACAGAGACCCUGAUGUCCUCAGCUGGAUUGAUGCCAUCUCAGCAGACACCUGAAGCCCUUGUGAGCCCAGUUACUGAGGAUGCUACAAUAAGAACAAAAUGUUUACUCACCACUGAACUCUAGAAGAAGGAGUCUCUGAAACUCUCACCUUGUGAAAACUCAAAUCUUCUAACGUAUCUCCAAGGGAUCCUUCCAAAAGACUUGCUUGGGAUCAAACUCGUGCUGAACAGGAGUCAGACAGCUGGCUGGUUUGUCCGGAUCCAGGAAGAGACUUCUACAUUUAUCACAAUCUAACUGGAAUUGCAGCAUGAACCGGCAUGUAAAACCAAUGCACAUUUGAUCUUUUCCCUCGGAAGAAGUGAAAUGUCAACUGGAGCUAGUUCUGAACUGAGGAAAAGAAAACAGUUGUGUUCUGCUCGUGCUGAGUUAAUUGUUCCUUAUACUGAGCUGGCUCUGGUGCUGCUGGAAGGUGUCACAGAGCUGUGGGAUGUGAGCACGAGGCGCUGAUGGCUGUGGAAUAAUGAACAUCACAGGGAUGAGGAAAGCUCGCAGGGCCACCUCGUGGCCGUGCCCUGCACAGGGCUCUCCAUGGUGGUCAUUGUCCCGUACAGCCAAGGACAUUUUCUUCUGUGUGAUUAUUCCCUCUGAUUUUCCUUCAUUUUACCAUCACAUAUUCUCAUUUUUUGGCCUUAACCCCCUUAAUAAUCCUUGCACACCCUGUUACAGUACCUGGAAAGCGUGAAAAUCUAGUCCAUCAGUGACCAGCUAUGUAGACUGGAUUUGAGCUGCUGCUCAUUGCAACCAGGAAAAUGCAAAUUACUUGCCAAACAGCUUGUAGCAUUAGAAGAAUACAGCAGAGUUCCCACAUUUGACACUGAUCAUUUAAUUUCCUACGUGAUUCAAAUACAUGCAUUUUAGACUAGAUAUCUGUAUGUUUUAAAAGCCAAAGCAGUGAAGGUGUGAGUGCAGCUUACUUCAGGAACUGUUUAUUGAUCAGCAUUGUUGUCUUCUAGGACUAGAAAGGAAAAGAAUAUUCUUGUUUCUCUUCAUGCUGUUUGUGGGUGUUUUUUCCAGAUGCUGUGCUUCAGGAAUACUUACCAGGUAUUUUUACAGCAUGAGGGUACAACUAGAUCAGCUCUUAACACCACUUUGAAUCCUGUUCCAAGAGUCAUCUAAUAGUAGCAUAUGGAACAAAUAGUAGAAUGACUAGGGUGAAAAUAGCAAAAAAGGAUUAAAUAUUCCUGUAAGCAAUUCACUUCUCUGUAGAAGGAAGGUAAGAGCACACCCUCCACAGAGCAGGUGAAGGUCUUUGGGUGCUCAGGUGAAGUUUGGGUUACGGUGCAUACAUUUCAGAGAUCAUUUCAGCUCUGGGCAGCAGUAUCAUGACAUGGACCCUGGGAAUAUAGCCUAUGAAAAAACACAGAGUCAGAGGGAGGAGAAACAAAGAUGAUGAAUCCCACAUCUAGCAGGGAAGCACAGAUGAAACAACGGUGAUCUUUCUUUCUGAGGAAGAGGUUUGUACAUAUGACUGGGGUUGGAGGGUGUUUUCUGCAUAGUGCUGCUCUUUGUAGAUACUUACAUGCAUGUGGUUCUUACAAACAAAUGUAAAAAUUGGUUCUGGAACCUGUAUGCACAACUUCAUUUCGGCCCACUGCCUGCGUGCACGUGUCUCAGUGUAAACAAAGGUUUGGACCAAACCACUAUGGGUUCUGCAAGUGAGCUGGGCCCAGCAAGGCUGCAGCAUUCAGACCACGGUGUUCAUGCUGCUGUCACUCUCAUGCUCUUUUUUGCAAGGUGCUGAAUGUGAGUUAAGGGAGAAGCCACAUGGAUUUUGCAUGCCCCACUGCCAUUUCUCAAAACCCCUGAGGCCUUAAUGGAGGAAUGUAGAGACCAGAGAAUGCUCCUAGGACUAACACAGCAGAGUGACUCUGCAGGCAGUGAGUUGCAGCCAUUGCCUCAAGAACCAGGAAUUCAGGAUUGGUGGCAGGUGCUGCGGGUGCCCCUCCAGACAGCACCCAGGGCACAUCCUGCUCCAGCACUGCCAGAUGAGCAGAGCUGCUGCCCCAGACCAGGCACAGGGCCCAGGCUCCCAGCCCUUCAGCUCUCUCAUUGCUACUUCCAGUAGCUCUCUCCGUUGCUACUUACAGUUGAGUACUGGGGUUUUUUUAAACUUUCAAGUCUGAGCCUUACUGGUUAUUAAAACAUAGAAGAUUCCCGAUUCAAAUAUCAAAUAUCUAAGUCUGGAUUAAUAAUGCAGUUGCCAGCAAAGUUCCUGCAGGAAAAGGGAAGCAAUGGCUGCAACAGUCUGCUUCCUGCACAAAGCCAGGACUGUGUGUGGAAACUUGGCGCUUGCUAUUCAUCUGUUUGCUCAGCAGCUGAGCUGGCAUUCGCCAGCUACAUGUGUUGGGUUUGUAAAUAGACAGAAUGCAGUAGCAUUUUCUUAGGCAUGUUUGAUAUUUGGCUCUUCCCGUUGGGUUCAGGAGCUCUGCGAACUGUCAGCUUGAAUCCCUCCCAAAACUGGAAUAACAGAAGUUUGCAGUUUUCCAGCACUGCUUGUUGAAUACCAUCCUUAGAUUCCUCCCAAGCCAUCACAGCAAAUAACAAGUAAAUAGCUUGUGGUGAGUGUGUCCUCUAAAAAUCUAAAUGGUUCCAAAUAACCAACUGUUAUUUCAGCAUGGUCAGGAUAGCAGUGGCUGGAGGGGAAUGUUGUAAUUACACACAUGCACACACAGAGAAAUGUCACAGGGGAGAGGCUUUCCUCAAUUUUCAGAAGACUUGAAACAAUGCAAACAUUUCAACUGGUAAAUUGGGAACUUGCAAUAUUUAACAGAUUUGGGGCUACAAACCCAACUCUGCCCAGCAAUAUCUGAUACUUGGAGCAAAUAUUCACUCAAUUUAUUUUGAUGUAGCUUGCUUGGCUAACCAAAUUAUUGUUUAUAUAGGGGGCCCGGUGAGACUAAGGUGACACAGGUUUGUGACCUGAUGUUAGGCAUCACUGUUCUGCUUUGCAGCUAGAGGUAUUGUGUUACAACAUGACUAACAGGUAACAUAGCAUUGCUCAUCACCUGCCUUUUAUCAGACACAAAUAGGGAUAAUAGUUCCUACAGUUACUGUUACAAAGUAUUAGUUAAUGCCUGUUUGCUACUGAGGAAAAAAGGAUUUUCCUACCAUUGCUAUACUAUUGAUUGAUUUGCUGUAGGGUCCAAGCAUUUCCUUAAAGUCUAUUUUUUGUAUUAUUUAAAGAGAUUUAUAAAUAAAACUUUUGUGUGAAUCUGGUGUCAGGAUGUUGGCAGGUCUGAUAACCACUUAAAAGCUGUAAGAGUUGACAGGAAUGAAUGAAUGAAUGCUAAGUGAUAGGAUCUAAAAGUAAAAGUGAUUUUACUCCAGUCACAUUCUUUGAUUAGUGUAAAAGGUUUUAUAGAAAUCUUGGUGUUUAUAAUAGCAGCAUCCCAGCCUUUAUCUCAAACUGAUUAACCAGAGAGAAAUGCAUUUCAGUCUCACCCAUUUAAGACCAUCAGAGUCUGCAUGUGCUGCGUGCAUUAGGCUUAGGAAAUGGGCAUUAAAAUGUGGGAGCUGAGGCUUUCUUAUACCAGAAUUAAGGGAAUAUCUUCUUUAGUUCAGUGGUAAUAGAGUUUAAUAUUAGGUAAGUUAUAUGACAUAAAUUACCUACUUACGUGUUAAUCGGUCCUGAUAAAUGAUUUGGCUUGAUAGUAUUUGAUACUAAAUUUAAAUUUUACUCAUACUUUGUCAAAGAAAGACAGCUCUAUAAGACAGUUUUGGACACAACUUUGGCAAGAAAAUUUGUGGCCCUGUUAGAGCAGUUCAGGUGAACAGUGCAGCUGUGUGUGGGUCUGUACAAACUGCUUGCGGUCCUUGCCUGCUCUCCCUUUGUCUGCACCCUGCUCCUUCCUUCUUGUUUCAUGAAGCAAAGAUAUGCUGUUGGAUUGAGUGUGUCCUUCACAAACAGCACUGGAUGUGUUUUUCACGUUGUGAACAUACUCUGGUACAAUCCAAAUCUACUGGUGAAGUGAUAGCAGCUCUGUUCCACAGCCAGCUAGCAUUUAAAACUCUGUCUGGGCACAUAGUGUUUCUGAGUUUAGAAAGUUGUAGUAUCUAUAUACAUAUAUAUAUAUACAUAUACAUGUAGCUGUUAGACACUGUAUUGUCACAGCUUUCAAAUACAGCUGGACAAUCAUAGCUUUUCAACCAAAAAACAGAACAGUAUCUGCUAAUGGCCUUUCAGUGAUUCACACAGGUGUAAGCCGGGUGUGUUUGCUCCAGGUGCUGGCAGCACAGACAGGAGGGCAGGGCCCUGCUCACUGUCACUGCUGGCCUGAGGAGCAGGCACAGCCGGCAGCGCUGCCACACCCACAGAGCCAGGAGCCACAGCAUUCUCCUGCAGAAUUCACCUCCUUUUGACUGUUUGGCUUGAGCACUCUGCUCCAUAAACACACACACAACCCCCCCACCUAUAUAACUGGACAAACUUAUUUUUAAAGUAUGUAAGAAUAUUUUUUUAGCUAGAUCUGUUUUGUUAAAGCCGCACUAACUACUGUAUUUUUACUUUUUAUAUGUAAAGCUUGGCAAUAGCUCUCAAUGUAUAAUUUAUUUGUUGGUUUUUUUUAUAAAACAAAAUGCACCCUCUUGCUUCUGUUUCACAGCACUGGUGACGUAUGAACUGUGUUAGGCACUGCACUGAAAUCUGUAUUGAAACUGUACAUGGGAACAAGUAGAUCUGUAGUCCACUCAACCCAGUCUUGGAAUGUUUAUACUAUAGUUUUGUCUUAAAUACACCAUGUCAGUGCAAAA